AUGAGCAUCGACGGAGGCCAGGUCCCCAAGGUGGAAAAGUUCAAUCUCAGCCCGAGCGCAAUUGAUGAUGACAUCGUGGCGAAGAAUAAUCUCUCUUUGCUGACUGCUGAUAAGGAGGGUGGUUUCGUCGUGUUGCCCAAAACGAUGUAUCUUGAAAAGGCUAAGCAGGCCAUUGAAAAGGAUUUUGUUUCCUUGGAAAGAACUGGCAGGAAAGUAAAGGCAGAGGCACUCAAACUGUGUGAACAGAUCAAUUUGACAGGACUACAGAAGUCUGUAAAAGCUGCGAAUAUGCCGGGGCUGAACGUAUUCUUUUCUGCAAAAACCCACAAGGAUAGCAUUCCUCUCAGAUCAAUUGUAUCCGAGAAAGAAGCCUGGCAAGGUCUGGUAUCAAAAUACCUACAAAAGCAUCUUAGCCAAAUAUACAUAGAAGAUCCUUUUCGUGUGAGCAACUCAAAGGAUGUGAUUGAAUUUUUGGGUGAGCAAGAUGGUGCUUCACAAGCCAAUUUUGCCUUUUCAGUUGAUAUUGAGGAGCUCUUUUAUUCCAUUCCCCAGCCAGAGUUGUUAGACGCAGUAAAAGAGCGGAUUGAAAACUGGGGGGCUGUCCAGUUCCAAAAUAGUAGCGGGGUUUCCGUAAACGACUUUGUAGCAUUAGUUGAGUGCUACCUCUCUUCCACCUACAUUUGUUUUAACGACAAGUUGUUCGUGCAAAAAGAUGGUAUUUGCAUAGGCUCCUGCAUAGCUCCUACACUUAGUGAAAUUUUUUUAGGCCAAUUUGACAAGCGCGUGGCAGCGUGCAUAAAACAGGAUAAACGUGUUGGCACAUCUGCUGGUCGUAUCAGCCUCGCACAAAAAAGGAAAUUCUAG